CCGGCCAAUGAGGUGCGGUGUCGUUGAGCUGUGUCUGUGAGGGAAGCCUGUGCCGUGUGAGGCGAGCAGGGCAGCUAAGCUGACCGAACUGUUACAGAGCCCAUGGAAGGGAAUAAAAAUGCCAGUGAAAAAAAAGAGAAGCUUGCAGAUCAAAUUAUGCAGAAUCCUCAGGUUCUAGCUGCCCUUCAGGAAAGACUUGAUAGCGUGUCCCAAACUCCAUCAAGUUACAUUGAAACUUUACCCAAAGCUGUAAAGCGAAGAAUUAAUGCAUUGAAACAGCUCCAGGAAAAAUGUGCUCAUAUAGAAGCUAAAUUCUAUGAAGAAGUUCAUGAACUGGAGAGAAAAUAUGCAGCCCUUUAUCAGCCUCUAUUUGAGAAGAGAAGAAUAAUUGUUAUCGGUGAAGUGGAACCAACAGAUGAAGAAUGUGAAUGGCACAGUGAUACAGAGGAUGAAGAAAAAAUAUCAACAGAUUUGAAAAACAAGGCAACAAUAGCAGAUAAAGAAGAACCAGAUGCAGAAAAUUGUAAGGGAAUUCCAGACUUUUGGCUUACCAUCCUUAAAAAUAUAGAUAUGAUAAACCCACCUUUGCAAGAAUAUGACGAGCCAAUUUUAAAGCAGCUGCUAGAUGUAAAAGUAAAAUUUUCAGAUCCCGAUCAGCCAAUGUCUUUCACAUUAGAGUUCCACUUUGGUCCUAAUGACUACUUUACUAACACUGUUCUGACAAAAACCUACAAGAUGAAGUCCGAGCCUGACUCAGCAGAUCCCUUUUCAUUUGAAGGCCCUGAAAUUGUUGAUUGUGAGGGAUGCACUAUUGACUGGAAGAAAGGGAAAAAUGUAACGGUCAAAACAAUAAAGAAAAAGCAAAAGCACAAGGGACGUGGUACUGUUAGGACUAUAACCAAACAAGUACCUAAUGAGUCGUUUUUUAACUUCUUUAACCCUGUUAAAGUAUCUGGAGAGGGAGAAAUGAUGGAUGAAGAUGUGGAGAAUUCCUUAGCUGCUGACUUUGAACUUGGGCACUUUUUCCGAGAGAGAAUAGUUCCACGAGCAGUUUUGUAUUUCACUGGGGAAGCCAUAGAGGAUGAUGAAAGUUUUGAAGAGGGUGAGGAAGGCGAGGAAGAGGAAAUGGAAGGUGAAGAGGAGGGAGAGGAAGAAGAAGACGAAGAACCAAGCAAUCCCAAAGUGUAAUUUUUUUUCUUGUUUGUCAAUUCAUACAAUCCUAGAAAGAGACGGUCCAACCUGCUGAAUGCAAACAACAGUGACAGAAACCACAUCAGUGCUUCUUGAGGAAAAAAUAUCUAUAGUAUAUUUUCCAAAACGUUCAGGAUACUACCAUGCUGCAGCGUACUUUAUAUGUAAAAGCUUAAUUUUUUUUUUUUCUUUCUUUUUGUUUCUUCCUUUUUAUGCAUGGUUUUGACUUUUUUUCUAUUUUUACAGAUGGAAACUUAGGACUUUGGGUGAUGGGGAUAAUUUAAAUUGCAAGCACAGUCUGUCUGCACACACUAGUUUUUAUUUAAUUUUUUUUUCAUUUUUUUUUUUUUUUCAUUUUAUUUUAAGGGGAAAAAUGCUCUGAAAAAUAACCAAAAUUAAUUCUCUCUGCUUAAAAGUAUGUAUGCCUGCCAGGAUUUGUACACGUUAAACAUUUAAAGUCUUUAGAUGUUCUAUUAUUUAAUAUGUACAGUGUAUUUAAAUGAUGCAAUAAAAAGUUAAAAUGAAAUAAAACCGGACAGAAAACACAUAUAUUUUUGGGUCACUGUUACAUGAAUUCAGGAAAAAUUGAAUGUCUCCUUGUGCACUCCAGAAGAAAACAAAAUAGCACUUUUUCAAUAUAUUCUGUCCAACACCUGUUUAGCAGUUCUUAUUGCAAGCUCCUAUUUAUUGGUGCAUCAAUGUUUAUAAGUAUUGUUAUAUUUGUGUUAGACGUUAAUAUUUGUUUUACAUUGACUAAGUCAGGAUAAUAAUAAAAGCAAAAUAAUAUCA